AAAGAAGGAUCGUAUAUGUAUAUAUGAUAGAAAUAAUGAAUGAGAAGAAGGUAGAGAAGUGAAUAGUCCACUCUCUGUCCUCCAAAGUCGUACCUGCAACCAUUACUUCCUCACUACUUUCUUCAAACCUUAAAAAGAUUAAUAUUCAAUGACAAAAUUAACGUUUCUCAUCAUCUUCAUUUGCAUCCCUGUAAUAAGCAGCAGCAAGCAGCACUCGUGCACAAUUAUACCACCUCCCCUCUUCAUCUUCGGCGACUCAUUCUUCGACCCCGGCAACAACAACUUCAUCAACACCUCCACUCUCGACCGAGCCAACUUCUGGCCCUACGGCCGCACAUUCUUCCACCGCCCCACCGGCAGGUUCUCCGACGGCCGUCUCAUAUCCGACUUCAUCGGCCAACAUGCAAAACACCCACUCAUUCCACCAUAUCUAGACCCAACAAGAAACUUUGAUGAGAUUAUGAAUAAUUACCAUGGGGUAAAUUUUGCAUCAGCUGGAGCUGGGGCUUUACCACAGACUUUCCAAGGACUGGUGAUUGAUCUCAAGACACAGCUGAAAUACUACAAGAGGGAAAUUGCUGAAUUACGCAGAAAAAAAGGCAGUGCUCAAACUGCAAGAAUUUCAUCAACUGCCGUCUACAUGUUUAGCAUUGGCACCAAUGACUACAUCAGCCCUUUUCUCCUAAACUCCAGUGUUCUGGCAACUUAUCCUCACUCACGGUACGUGGAUAUGGUGACCGGCAACUUGUCGACCGUCGUGAGAGCAAUAUACAGAAGAGGGGGCAGGAAAUUUAUGUUUCUGAACUUGGGGGAGUUGGGGUGCGCACCAGGACUAAGGAUUCUUAAACCAGAAAGACAAGGUGGUGGAUGCUUGGAAGAGGCUUCAGAUCUAGCAAAACUACAUAACAAAGCACUCAACAAGUUGCUGUCAAAAAUGGAGCAGAAGUUGCAUGGUUUCAAGUACUUCCUGUAUGACUUCAGAACCAGUCUGGCCCAGAGGAUAACUCACCCUUACAAAUAUGGUUUCCGGGAAGGAAAGAAGGCAUGUUGUGGAAUAGGGCGUUUCAAUGGAAUAUUCAGCUGCGGAGGAAAGAGGCCGGUGAAGGAGUUCAACCUGUGUGAAAAUCCAAGUGAAUUUGUCUAUUGGGACUCUUAUCAUCUUACUGAAAAGGCCUAUAAACAAAUGGCAGAUCAGAUGUGGAUUAUCCCCCCAACAGAACCUAACAGCCUGAGAAGACUCUUCACAUGCUACUAAAGCAGGGUAGUGCAUUGCUUUGAACAAUAAUGAUGGCCCAAGAGGGAUUCUUGCAAUUAGUGCCAAAGUAACUAAAUCAAUUCAUUAUCAGUAAAAGCAUAUUUCUGUUUUCGUAUCAUGCAAUGUCCAAACAUAUCCAAUCAUAUUUGACCAAACUAACUUAUAAAUGAAUUUAGUUGAUCCCCUUUGAUCUGAUUCCUAACUUCUUGAGGUUCAGAGCUACUACAUGGCAAUGGGCCAAUGGCUUUCCUGACAUAGUGCACAAGAAUCAAAAACCCAAAUAAGGUAUCAGUUUGAAUGGAAUGCAGCAUCACACUAAUAUGGGUCCACAGACCAACGCAGAGACAAAGUUAUUGAGUUCAAGACAUCAUUAUAGCAGAGUUUAGUUCCCUAAGACAAUAUGCACACUCAAAGCUCAUAUUCAUCACACAAAUCUUGGUUGAGGUGAUAAACGAACUUGCAAAACUGGAGUAUAUCCAAAAGAAAGUGGAGUGCACCUUGACUAAGCUUCAACUCUGCCAGUCACCUCUGAGCUAUUACAGUAUCAAAUCUGGAAUGUAGAACUCGGUCGCUUCAACCU